CACUACAGGUGUACUAACUUUUUCUUUUCGGCUGCAGGUGAAGUUAUGGAAAAUAAUGAACAUGAUGUAACUGCUAGUGAAUUAGAUCCCUUUUUGACAAACUCAUCUGAAAGUGAGAUGUUUGCUUCUGAAUCAAGUAAAAGCCUAACAGAAGAGCAACAACAAAGAAUUGAGAGAAAUAAACAACUGGCCUUGGAAAGAAGGCAGGCAAAGCUGCUGAGUAAUACUCAGUCCCUAGGAAAUGAUAUGUUAAUGAACACACCCAGGGCACAGACAGUUGAAGAGCUUAAUACGGAUGAGGAUCAAAAGGAGGAGUCAAAUGGAUUAAAAGAAGACAUUCUAGACAAUUCAUGUAAUCAUACUAAUACUUUAAAUGUAGAGGAGGAAUUAAAAUUAGGGGAAACACUGCUGGACCAAUCUAAAAAUGUGCAACAGUAACUUGAUGCGUCAUCCAGAAAUACUACGGAAGCUGGUUAGGUUUCCAUUAAGAGUAAAUGUGUCUGUUAACUCACCCUCCUGCAAGCUUGGUGUUACUAUGCAUUUUUCUUAUUUGAGUGGAAAUCCUUAGGUAGUAAAAAAUUUUUACAGAUUUUUGUUUAACAUCUGGUAAUCUGGUAUUUGUUUACGUUUGUCCCUUUAGUUAAAUCUGUUCUCUUUAGUGUUUGUUUUUAUGUAGGUAUUUCUUCAUAAAAUGGUUAGUCGGUAAUAAGCAGCUUCUUCUGCUGUUCAUCUGUUAUUGAAUGCCUUGUUUUCACUAAGUUGGGAGGUUUUGUUUUUGUUUUUUACUGCUCUUUGCAGAGCAGGGCUAACCCAUGGACAGUGUAUCCAGAGUCACCUGGGUGAAGUUUUAACAUGUACAUAUAUAUUCAAUAUUAAUGUAUUUUUUUCAAGGAAGUAAAAAUUAUCUUAAAAGCUAUCUACAGGCUUUAUGGAAGGUUUUCAUUGCUAUUUAGUUCUGGAGUUUAUACUUUUGGUAAAUACAAGGCUUUUGCAUGUUUUUUAAGGAAUUGUUUUAAUACUUAAAAGGUCACAUGAAAGGCUGAUUACUGCCUGGUCCUCAUAGGAAACAGGGUAGUUCAAA